CAGCUAAUUCUGUAUGUCAAUACCCAUGUGGACUGGAUUUCACCGUGCAGUGGUUGAAUAGCCUAGCUAUAGCCUAGCAGUCACAGGCUACAAAAAAAGUCCAUAUAGGCCUACUAUUAUUUUAUAAUUUUCUUAACUUGUAGGACUACAACACAAUGUUCCAACCGCAGUUAGCCAACUUCAACGUGAUCAGCGAUUUCCUGAUUCGGGUUUCUCUUUAAGGGGGCUGGGCUCAAUGCUGGGAAUUCACGUCAUUUCGCCCGUUUACACAUCCAAAUCAAUGAGCACGGACGGAGAGAUGUCCGUCUUUUAGUUCUGUCUUCCAGGAAGGAAUUAACCUACGCGUUGCCGAAAUGUAGCGCGCACCGACAGGAAAACAAAAGAAGUUUCGCGUGUUUAUGACAAACGUGGUCGUACUAUGGAUACAUAACAAAUCCUUUAACUUCUCGAUUACGCAGCGCUUAAUCCUCGUCUGGCAAAGGUGUCGGGUGUGGGUUGAUUGUCUGGUUUAUUUCAAAGAGGAGAAAGGAAAAAGGAAAGUGCGAGGAAGACAACUAUCUGAACACAGCGAGAAAUGUCCGAAUCCCCGUCAAUCCCAAUAAAGGUAUUGUCUUAUCUCUAGAAACAAGACUAAGUUCUAGGACCCCGUGUGAGAUGCAGUUGGAGCGGUCGUGUUGUUGACAGCCGCAACGUUUGUUGGUUAUCAUCUGUUGCUGAAGGACGCGUUUCUCCGCUGUGUUGUUGUGGUAGCCUACACUUCCCGCAGGAGAGGAGCUCCUUCAGUCCUUCCGCGAGCCCCCUGCCAAACUCCACUUCCUCCCCCGUCCAUGCUCCCGCAGCGAGGACAGCCAGCAGAAUGGAGGAUGAGCCUGCCAGACUGCCCGCGCACCUGCGCCUACAGCCAGUGUUCUGGAACAGAGAGGACGUUAGCCAAUGGCUACGCUGGGCCGAGAGGGAGUUUGCCUUGCGGCCAAUCAACAGCGGCUCCUUCCAGAUGAACGGCAAAGCCCUGCUGCUGCUCACCAAGGAGGACUUCCGUUACCGCUCUCCCCACUCCGGGGACGUCCUGUACGAGCUCCUGCAGCACAUCCUGAAACAGAGGAAGCCUCACGUCUCCUACCCCCCCACCUACUUCCCAGGGAACUCCUUGCACUCGCUGGCAGAGGGAGCUCUUCAGCAACACAAACUUGAAGAAACGGUACGCCGGGCCCCGCGAGGCACGGAGCCCCUCCCCCAGCACCCGCCCACCAUCGAGCUCCGACACCGCUCCCGCUCGCCGCUGGCCCCCGCCCUCCGACGCUCGCCUCCGGAGCACGCCCACCAGCGCCCCACCGCCGAGGACCCCCUCCAGGCGUCCUCCCAGCUGCCCGACAGCAACCACCACCUGCCCGAGGACCUCUACCCCCUCUCGGUGUCUCCGGCCGCCCCCAACGGGCGCUGCGCCACCCCCCGUGAAGCCCCCUGCCCGGGCAGCCCCGGCGCCCAGGACGGACCCCCGCCCCGGGUCAUCCAGCUCAUGCCCAGCGCCAUCAUGCACCCCCUGCUGCUCAGCCCGGGGCGGGGAGGCGGGGCGGGGGACUUCCGACACGGGCGAGGCGUGCCCCCUCCCCAGCUUCCGCAUGAGAACGGGCGGGAGGGGAAGGGUCUUCCACACCACCAGAUCUCCCUGGUGCAGCAGCAGCAGCAUAACCUCGGCCACCAGGAGGAGCUGUUCAGGAACCACCACGUCAUCGUACCCAUCUCCCCUCCGGAGGAGCAGGCCAUGCCCAUUGGACGGAUAGCAGACUGCCGGCUGUUGUGGGACUAUGUCUACCAGCUCCUCUCAGACACGCGGUACGAGAACUACAUCCGCUGGGAGGACCCAGAGACCAAAGUCUUCCGUAUCAUGGACCCCAAUGGCCUGGCUCGGCUCUGGGGCAACCACAAGAAUAGGACCAAUAUGACCUAUGAGAAGAUGUCUCGAGCACUGAGGCACUACUACAAACUGAACAUCAUCAGGAAAGAGCCUGGGCAGAGACUGCUCUUCAGGUUCAUGAAAACCCCAGACGAGAUUAUGAGUGGACAAACUGACAGGCUGGAAAACUUGGAGUCUGACACGGACGAUCAAAUCUAUAUCAAAGAAGAAUGCUGAGGGAUUCUGGGUCAUGAAGUCCACCUGAUUAAAACUACUGCAGCCGCUGAUGCCUUCCAGAAGCAGCUCGAACAAUCCUUUUCCAACCAAGAGAGCCUGGAUCUGUCCUAUACCCAGGGAGGCCCCUUGGGGAUUGCCCCUUUCAAGAUUGCCUUUAAGACUUUAUAAGAUUUUAUUCUCCUGCCAAAUGUUUUUUUUUUUUUUUUCGAGGAGCAAGUGAAAGGUAUACCUUGUCUUUUACAAGACAUUUGAAACACAUUCCUGUUUGCCCUCCCUCCCUUCCAAUAAACAGCCAAUCCAAUCACGAGGAGCUCUUCAUCCCUCUAUUUGUUGAUUUUCUUUCUCCCUCAUAUGCAUUAAACAAAGUUUUGCUAUUUGUGCAAAAUAAGCGAGGAGGGUCUGUAGCUAGAAACGUUUUCAUGACAGAAUAAACUUUUUUGAUCAAUUUGA